GCGACGGUCGCAGCAGCAGCCCUGGUCCAUCGCGCGUGCAGAGAAGAAAUCACGAUGAGGCUUGGACUUCUCGUCCUCCUCGGCCUCGCGCUUUGCGCCGCACAAACGUCUGACAAUGAGAGCAACGCCUACUUUCCAGCUCCGUAUUUUGACGAAGGAGAAAACUUGAGUAGCCAGAACUGUGGAAACGAAACAACAUUGGACCAAUGGACGAACGUUUUUAUUUCAUAUAAAUAUGAUGCAUUUACUUGCAACGAACAAUUAAUAGCUAUUUCUCAAAGAUCUGCACUUGGAAUGGGUGAGCGUUGCCACCUUUCACCUGAAAAUGCUAGCGAUGUACGGAUAUUUCCUAAAAAUUGUUCCAAGCGCCUAACAGAAGUGAAAUGUAUCAGAAGUUCUGCCAAAGUACUGGAUAUGAUUGAAAUUGGCAAAUAUCCGACAGCUUCUGAAACAUUCAUGAUUUAUGUAACUGAGAAAAUGCCGAGUGAGGUCGUAGCUCCCAUUUGUUUGUUUAACCGCGACAACGCAAUGGACACGCAACUUCAGGGAAAAUCACCCUACUUUCAAUGGUCAUCAGUUUCUAACGCUCUUCCAUUUGAACAAACAAAUGUGGCGGUCCUAAGCAACUGUAGCAGAGUUCUAAACAGGACUGAAUUGGAACACUUGAAAACUAAUGAAAUUCCCAUCCAGAAUAUCCUGUGUGUCGAGAAUGGCACUAAUUAUUUUCAAUAUCUCAUCAAUUUCUACGAAGGCCGCUAUUUCUUGAGAGGUAUUAGAUAUUAUGGUUUGAAACGAAUACCUGUAUAUUUGGAUAUAUUGGCAUACAUGGACGAAAUCGCACGGCACGCAAAAGAUGUUUCUGUUCUACGCCCGAUCCCGCAGACAAAACAACCAAGAGGAUUCACCAGUCCAGGCAACCUCAGUUUUCCAAACUGUGGAUGGAAACCGACUUUACGUAUUGUUGGCGGAGAAAGAGCUCAGAAAAAUCUUUGGCAUGCUUACAUUGAGAAUGUGUUGACUGGAGCAACCUGUGGCGGCACGUUGAUUUCGCCGACCGUGAUUUUGACUGCUGCACAUUGCAUUUAUGGAUCAGAAGCGGAGGAAUUCAUAGUUACUGUCGGGAUGUAUGAUACAAGACAAAGUACAGCUCUUGGUGUUCAGUCAAAAUUGGUUAGCAGACUGAUCACGCACCCGAAAUAUGACCCCAAGGAGCUCAAAAGUGACGUCGGACUCAUGAUUUUGAAGCAAAAAAUUAAAAUAUCCAACUACGUCCGACCGAUUUGCUUGUGGAACGGUGACUCCAACUUGACUCGAGUGGCUGGAAUUGAAGCUAUGGCGGUUGGAUUCGGGCUUGUCGACAACUUCACGAGCACAAAUGAACUGCAAGAGGCUCGACUUCCGAUUAGAGCUCACAAAGAGUGCUACUUGUCGAAAAGGAAAUUUUUUGGAAAAUAUUUGCGGCCUGGGGACAAUUUUUGCGCCGGAUACACGAACGGAACGACCACCUGCAACGGGGACAGCGGAGGCAGCCUUUCCAUGAAAAAAGAUCGUUGGUUCAUCAGGGGCAUUGUCAGCUUUGGAAUAGCGAAAAAAGUGAAUUUUAAGGGCGAAGAAACAUCGUUGUGUCACCCAAAUCACUAUUCUUUGUUUGCUGACGUCGCAAGUUACAUGGACUGGAUCGUGGAAAAUACGCCGGAAAUUUCAUUCCGAAAUUAAAUGUGUGCUUUGAAACAAAAAGAAGAUUUUGCAAACGGGAUCAAUAGAAAAAUGUAGAUAGAUAGCAUAAUCUCUCGUAUCAAAAUAUAUUUUCUAUGGGUUAAUUUUUCUAAAUAAACUGUUUAAAAGUUUCGA